AUGGAUGGAUCAAACAAAAAUCCAUACCAGCAGCCAGCAGAUGCGGUUUGGUUCGUCACCGGAUGCUCCUCAGGCAUUGGCCAAUCUCUGGCCCAGCUCAUCGCCAAAUAUCCCAACCGUAUCGUGGCGACUGCACGCAAUCCGGCCACUCUGUCCGCCAUCCCAGAUGGUGCCAAUAUCCUGAAAUUGGCAUUGGAUGUCACCUCAGUUUCAUCAAUUGAGGCUGCACUGAGCCAGACCCUGACUAAGUUCGGUCGCAUUGACAUCCUCGUCAACAACGCUGGCUACACUCUGGUGAGAUACUGA